GUGAGAGGAGAGCAGGCAGACGCUCUUUGGGAGAUAUAGAGAGAAAAAAGUCUGCGCUGCGGUUGAACUCUGGCUCGUACUGUGCCAUUCUGCCCCUUAUCUCCUCCUCUGCCAUGUGGCUACUGGACUGGAUUGCCUCGCUCAACACAGCCGUGGUUAAACUCGCCAGUGGUCUAAGGUGCAAGCCUGAGCCCCACCCGAGGGGAGCCACACAGCAGCCUGAUUCCUCUCUACAGGAGCAAGAUGAGGAGAUCUUGGGCUCUGAUGAUGAGGAGCAGGAGGACCCUAAUGAUUACUGCAAGGGGGGUUAUCACCACGUGAAAAUAGGCGACCUGUUCAAUGGACGUUACCACGUAAUCCGCAAGCUGGGAUGGGGUCAUUUUUCCACGGUUUGGCUUGCUUGGGAUACACAGGGGAAACGCUUUGUGGCAAUGAAAGUGGUUAAGAGUGCAGAGCACUACACUGAAACAGCACUUGACGAGAUCAAGCUCUUGAGAGCGGUCAGAAACACAGACCAGAAUGAUCCCAGCAGGGAGAAAGUGGUGCAGUUAUUGGACGACUUCAAGAUCUCUGGAGUCAACGGAACUCAUGUGUGCAUGGUGUUUGAAGUUCUUGGUCACCAUCUGCUGAAGUGGAUUAUUAAAUCUAACUACCAGGGCUUACCGUUGCCAUGUGUCAAGAGCAUUAUUCGACAGGUCUUGCAAGGCCUGGACUACCUGCACACCAAGUGUAAAAUCAUCCACACAGAUAUAAAGCCAGAAAAUAUCCUGAUGGAUGUGAAUGAGGCAUAUGUUAAGAGACUGGCCGCGGAGGCCACAGAGUGGCAGAAAUCUGGAGCCCCGCCCCCUUCUGGCUCUGCAGUGAGUACUGCUCCAGCCCCAAAACAAAUGGCAAAAAUGUCAAAGAACAAGAAGAAAAAGAUGAAGAAGAAACAGAAGCGUCAAGCUCUACUCCUGGAGAAGAGGAUCCUGGAGAUAGAGGGACUGGAGAAUGGCCCAGAGGCAGGAGGAGGAGAAGAGGAGGAUGAUGACGAAACAGAGACCCCAGACAGCACCCCUUCAAUCCCCACCACCGAGACAAUUCAUGACAUCACAGCUGAGGCCACACUGGAUGGCAUCGCAGACAGUUGGUCUCAGCUUAGAGGCGGCAUCAAUGGUCACAGCCAGGACCCUGAGGAUGAGCAGACUCCAGAUCUUCAGCUGCAGUUGAAGGACGAAACCCCAGUGAACCCAUACGACAGUAGCACCGAGGGGUCCGAGCCUCCUAACCCUUACCCAGCAUGCAAUGGCACAGAAGAAAAAGACUCCAGUCCUCCAUCUCCUGCCGCCACAGACGGUAAUGGACCUUUGAAUUGUGGCAUGAUUCAGUCACAGUGUCCUAGAGUGCAGGAUCCAGAAGGCCCCACGGCAGAGCUGAACGGUUCUAGCUCUGCUGAGGGCCCCAGAGUGGAGCUGGGCCUCACCAUGGAGGUGGACCCCAGCGCACAGGCAGCCACAGUGGAGGAGAGCCUGAAGGACGCUAAGAUUGCAGCGGGGAAUCUGCUGGUGAAUCCCCUGGAGCCUCUAAACGCUGACAAGAUCCAGGUGAAAAUCGCUGACCUGGGCAACGCCUGCUGGGUGCACAAACACUUCACAGAUGAUAUUCAGACACGGCAGUAUCGCUCUCUGGAGGUGUUGAUUGGGGCAGGAUACGGCACCCCAGCAGACAUCUGGAGCACAGCAUGCAUGGUAUUUGAGCUGGCGACGGGAGAUUACCUGUUUGAGCCUCACACUGGAGAGGAUUAUUCCAGAGAUGAAGAUCACAUUGCGUUGAUUAUUGAGCUGCUGGGGAAGAUUCCUCGUAAACUCAUCCUGAACGGCAAAUAUUCAAAGGAAUUCUUCACCAAGAAAGGUGACCUGAGGCACAUCACUAAGCUUAAACCGUGGGGUUUGAUCGAUGUUCUGGUAGAGAAAUACGAAUGGGCACAAGAGGAGGCCCAGAAUUUCACUGACUUCCUCCUUCCAAUGUUGGACCUCAUCCCAGAGAAAAGAGCCACCGCUGCCGAGUGCCUCCGUCAUUCCUGGAUCACCUCCUAGUGGCCAAACACCUCUAACACACACACUCACACACAAUGUUCUUUGGAACUCAUGAAUGCUCACAGAUCCUGUCUUAAAGAGCCAUGCCUGGUAUCAUGGCAAAUGUUAGCUGCAAGUUGCGAGAAGGUCCAGUCAAGCAGAUCUAAUCUGAAUCCAGUUCUUAUAUUGUUGUUCUUUAUGUAAUUUGUAUAAUUUCUGUGUGGUGUUCUCAAUGGUUUAAUUAUCUAAUUAUCACUUUUGCAUAAAUUCCAGCAUAUCAUGAUUGUUUGAAACCAUUUCAGGAUUGCUUUCAAAAUCUUCCCAAAUAUCUAUGAUUCCACUAUCCAUUUUCAUAGAGCAACAGUGUUCAGUUUGAAAUAAUAAGGACUCAACAGCUGAUUGUAGUGUUUCUUCACCGUAUUAAGAAACCAUAAAAACGAUUGUUGAUCUUUCAUAUUGCCACAAGAUGGUUAUAGAUCAGAUGUCUAAAUGAAACGGGGAUCAUGAAGUAUUCCCACACAUGAUUGGACAUUAUUGGAGUUCUUAAUCUGUUUUUAUUUUCAGAAUUCUACUUAUUGAAUGUGCGUUACUAUACAAGAGAAACAUAUCCAUGCAUUUUUACCACGAAAGACUAAAGUAAAUAAAAGGAAAGAAAUGCUAAUUUUACAUCAAUGUUUCCAUACAGUAUAUUUUGCAAAAUAUCUAUUAAGGACUAUUAAAGGUUGAAUAACCCAUUUUGUAACAUUAAUCAGUAUGUUUAAUAGAGGAAAAAUGAAUGCCAGGGAGGAUUCAUUUUGGUAUCAUUGUUUCCUUUACAAAAUCUAAAAUGGUGAGAGCAUUUCAAAUAUUGUACAUACUCAUACCAAAGAGUUGGUUCUUCACUGGAUCUUUGUUGUACAGUCUUAAGUACCAGUAUUUGUGUACAGUUUUGCCAAGGCUUUCUGAAUGAAUCUGCAAUGAUAUUGGGCAUCUUUUUGAGCUUUCACAGUGUUGCUUUAGGCAAAAUCAUAUGAUUUGUUUUUAUUUUCACAGACAUUUGAGCAAAAACCAUUCUAGUUUCAUUUUGACGGGCCUCUUCUCUGUUUUAGAUAAGGUAGCUUAAUUUGACCUUUUAUGGUAGCCUAAUACAAACACAUCCUCUGCUUCUCUGCUCUUUAUCUCUCUCUCUCACUCCUUUUUCAAGAUUUUUCUCUUGAUUGUUCAGCACUGAACUAAAAUGUUUUCUGUAGUAACUUAAAUAAAGGUUUGAAA